AUGGUUUUGCUUUCUUCUUUCAACCUAUUUAUUGGUCUCGUGAGUGCUGUGGCAGGCGUAGCCAGCACAUCAACGAGCCCCCUUCUUUCGCGGCGUAUCCUUCACGAGCGUCGCAGCGCCGUCCCGCAGGGAUGGUCUCUUCACCGUCGCGCUGACCCAGAUACAGUCAUUCCCCUCAGCAUCGCCCUUCGGCAGUCCAACCUCGACAACCUCGACGACUACCUGCUCGAGAUCGCAGACCCCACCUCCCCCAAGUACGGCCAGCACUGGACACCCGCACGCGUCGCACAGACAUUUCGGCCGUCCAAGGAGUCCGUGGACGCCGUCCGCACAUGGCUCGUCCACGACGGCGUCGACGGCUCCCGCAUCCAGUUCACCAAGGACCGCGCGUACCUGCAGCUGAACGUGACGGUGGCGGAGGCGGAGAGCCUGCUCGCCACGGAAUACUACGUGUACCAGCACGACGACAGCGGCGUCGAGCACCUUGCCUGCCACCAUGGCUACCACCUACCGGAGCACGUCUCCUCGCACGUCGACUUGGUGUCUCCCACCGUCCAGUUUGGUGGUAUCAAGCUCGGCGCGGCGCUCGCGAAGCGUGGAGGCGCCUCGCCGGCGAAGAAGAACAUGCCCCGGCCUCAUGGGCCUCCCAAGACCCCUGUUGCCGCUGAGGUGAGUAGCGCACUCACAGCGGAUGCGACCAAUUGCGACCAACAGGUGACGCCUGAUUGUUUGCGGGAGCUAUAUGGCUUCAAUUACACCUUCGUGGCGACGGACAAGAAUAAGGUUGGCGUUGUUGAGCUCGCCGACCAGACAUACGUCGCAAAGGACCUGGAUGUCUUCUUCAAGAAAUUCGCCCCGGAGCUGGUCGGUGUCCAGCCCACACUCGUCAGCAUCGACGGGGGCAACGUCGACUUCACGGAGACGGACGAGGGCAUCAUCGGCGAGUCCAACCUCGACUUCCAGCUCAUCAUGCCGCUGCUCGGCAAGGAGCAGCAAGUCUCCCUCUUCCAGGUCGGCGGCAGCGGCUCGUUCAACCUCCUGCUCGACGCCGUCGACGGCGCCUACUGCACCUUCGACGGCGGCGACGACCCCUCCGAGGACGUCGUCCCCAGCGGCGUCAAGGAGGACUGCGGCACCAAGGCGCCCGCGUUCGUCUACUCCGUCUCGUACGCCGGCGCGGAGGACGACGACGUGCACUACAUGCAGCGCCAGUGCACCGAGUUCGGCAAGCUCGCGCUCGCGGGCAUGACCUUCCUCUUCGCCUCGGGCGACAACGGCGUCGCGUCCAACUCGGCGAACCUCUGCCUCCUCCCUAACGGCACCGCCGCGGACGCCCCCGGCGCCUUCCUCCCCAACUUCCCCGCGACGUGCCCGUACGUCACUGCCGUCGGCUCCACGCAGGUCGACGCGGGCAAGAGUGCGCGCGACGUCGAGAGCGCGACGAGCUCGUUCGGCUCCGGGGGCGGCUUCUCGAACGUGUUCCCCCGCCCGAAGUGGCAGAAGCGCGCCGUCGGCGGGUACCUGAGCAAGGUCGGCGGCUCGCUGGGCUACGCCGGGGACGUGUUCAACCGCUCCGGGCGCGGGGUCCCGGACGUCGCCGCAAACGGGUUCCCGACUGCGGUCGUCAUCGACGGGAACUUCACGCUGAGCGGCGGGACGAGCGCGUCGACGCCCAUCUUCGCCGCGAUGGUCGCCGCGGUGAACGACGCGCGCCUCGCGGCGGGCAAGGGCCCGGUCGGGUGGAUGAACCCUGCGCUCUACUCGCAUAUGUUCGCGGGCGUGUUCAACGACAUCACGAACGGCACGAAUCCCGGGUGCGGCACGGAUGGUUUUCCCACCGCCGCUGGCUGGGAUCCUGUCACUGGUCUCGGCACCGUCAAAUUCCAGCAGCUGCUCCAGCGGUUCCUUACGCUCCCGUAGCCGCAUAGUGGCGGCUCUUUCCUCCUGAAAACUCACCGCUUGUUUGUCGUCCAUGCUGUCGACAUCGCUGUGCAUAGGAUGUUAGUGCUGGCUGGGGGUGGACUCCGAGGUUGAUGAUUAUCUGUGUAGCGUUACGGACAUUAUAAUUACUUACGUCUCUCUUGUUGCUGACGACCGCAUUCGUUAUAUGUAUGGUGUGCAGGGCGGUAGGUCUACCGAUUUAUAUAGCAUCCGUAUGCUUAUCGAGGAGAGCUGGAUUGAGCGGAAGCGUAAAGCGGCGGAUCGCGAAGUUGAUGAAGCAGUGUUGAGCUGUCCAAGCCCACAGUCCAUGGUAAGAGAUACAUACAACAAUUUGUGACUACAUCGAACCCUGCGAGUCUAGAGAGCACGUGUACAAGACAUCCCGAGUGUCCGAACAGAGAAAUACCUUUACGACACAACCUACUUGUUUGCAUGGGUCGCAGGAUUGAUUCCUGCGCGUCACAAUGGCUAAGGGUACGAGACUUGGUCGAGUCACCGGUUCUCACGUCGUCAGGCCAUCAGGCCUCAGAACAUCAAUGGCUGCGGCCAGUCUGGGAGGCUAGUGAGCGCCGCAUUGAUAGCCUCGCGCACUCGCCGCUUCGACGCGACGUCGCUGGACUGGCGGUACCCCGAGAAGACUUCGGACAUCUGGAACGAUGACGCCGCAACGGUAUCGAUGUUCAGCGUUGCAUCCUUGACCAUCUUCUCCAGUUGGGCAUACUGCUGCGCAGGGUUGCCGCCGUACAUCCCGCCGGGGCCAUAGCCUCCCCCGCCGCCGAACAGCCCCGCGCCGCCGAGUGCCUGCAGGCGUGCCUCGAGCUCGCCUUUCCGUGCCUCCCAGGCCUGCUUCAACUCGUCGAACGUAUUCUGCGCCUGCUUCCACGAGUACGAGUCCCACGUCUCGAGCUCGGCCUUAUGCUGCUGCACGUACUGGCGCGGAUGCUGUCUCUGGAAGCCCGACGCAGACGGUGGCGGCGCGCCUCCGCCUCCGCCAGGGGUCAGCGCAGGGUUCUGGCCCUGGGACUGCUGCGCGUAGGGGUCGAACUCCGCCAGAUAUUGCUGUGGCUGCUGCUGCUGCUGCUGGCCAGGAUACCCCUGCUGGUAUCCCUGUCCGUAGGACUGGGAUUGCGCGUAGCCCGAGUACUGGGGCUGCUGCUGUGGCUGCUGCCCGUACGCGCCGUUGACAUGGGCUUGCAGCUGCUGGCCGAACGAGCUCGAUGGUUGGAACGGCAUCCCGGAGGGCUGUUGCUGCAUCGGAGGUGUAGCGUACGCCUGGCCGUACGGCUGCUGCUGCUGUGGUUGUGCGAAGCCCGAACCCUGACCCCAUCCGGUGGCUUGUGGUUGAGGCUGGUAUCCGGAUGCACCACCGUAGCCUUGUGGAGAUAUGAGAGGAUGGGAACCGUAAAAGCCGGAAACGUUUGUGUUCAGAGACGACGUAGAGGGGCGGUUCAUCCAGGAGGUAUACUGGGCAUUGGUGGGGUCGUCAGUACCUGUGAUGUCUGGGUAGCGGGUCAUGGC